AUGUCCCUGCCUGGCUACGAGUUGGAAGAAGGCCCUCCGUUGAAGCGCAUCUCCGUGCAUCACAGCGGCCGCUUCGCCUUUGCCGAAGUUUUCGGCUCCCAGGAGCGUGUGGAGGAGCUCCUGGCCGUCCUCGAUGGCAGCCUGUUCCUGGGGAGGCCACUGUCGGUGAACUGGUCGCUGAAGCGAUACGAGUAUUCUGAUCUGCGCCAGCGCCGGCGCCGGCAACGUCUCUUGGCCCACCAAUUCCCGGUCGACGCGGUGCCACUAGGUGUCCUUUCACUCAUGCCGGCCGUGGCUGAGCGACUGAAAGAUUCUGGCACGGAUGCCAAGGCACAUGCAGAGGCACAGCGCACCAGGGGUCGCGGUCGCGACGGCGUUGCAGUCAACGAGCUCUGA